GCCGGGCAGGGCGGCGGGGCCCGGCGGGGCCGCCAGCUGUCAAAGAGGCAUCCCGGGCUCCGGCAGCGGGAGCAGCCCUAUGUGUCCCUAAGCUGCCAAGCCCCCGCGGCCCCGCUCGCCAUGAACACCGAGGAGCAGUAUUACGCCUCGGCGCAGCUCUACAAGGAGUCGUGUGCGUUUCAGAGAGCCCAAGCGCAGGACUACAACCCCAGCCCCCCCGCCUGCCUGUACAUGGGCAGGCAGCAACAGACUCCUUAUUCCAGCGCCUUAGGGGCUCUCGAGCAAGGCAGCCCGCCAGACAUUUCACCUUACGAGGUGCCCCCCAUCACUGAGGAUGCCGGGGUCUCCCACCUUCAUCACCAUCACCACCACCACCCUCAUCUUCCUCCUCCCCACCAGGACGCGCUGCCUUUCGCAGACGGGGCGGACACGGGGGCAAUAGAGGAGCCCCGAGUGCAGGUGCCUUUCGCCUGGAUGAAGUCCACCAAAUCGCACGCCUGGAAGGGACAGUGGACCGGGGGAUCCUACAUGGUGGAACCGGAGGAGAACAAGCGGACGAGGACGGCGUACACGCGGGCGCAGCUGCUGGAGCUGGAGAAGGAGUUUCUCUUCAACAAGUACAUCUCCAGGCCGCGGCGGGUGGAGCUGGCUGUCAUGUUGAACUUGACCGAGAGGCACAUCAAGAUCUGGUUCCAGAACCGGCGGAUGAAGUGGAAGAAAGAAGAAGACAAAAAGCGAGGGGCGGGCAACAGCAAUGACCCCGAGCAAGACUGCGUGGUGUCCUCCGGGGAGCACCAACCCAAGGAGGAUCUCCAGCCAUGCCCGGCCGGGAACCAUCCCUCGGGAGCCUCCAGGGACCUUCUUGCCCCCAGCCUAGUCCCCAGAAGGCAGCAGGACUCUCGGUGAGCCGCGGGGAGCGCCACAGCCCGGGAUGAGGAAAAGGAUGGGACACGGAAAAGAGGAGAGAAGCUGGGGCCAGCUUUCCUCCGCCGUGCCGUGCCGUGCCGUGCCGUGCCGUGCCGUGCCGUGCCGUGCCGUGCCGUGCCGUGCCGUGCCGUGCCGAUCCACCCGCGCCUUCCCCCGGGAAACGCGGUGUCUCCACUCCAAAACUCGCGUCCUCCGGAAAGUGAAUGUAAAAUCCCAGCUGUGGCGAGGAGAGGCUCGCUGCUGGCCCUAGCGCCCGGGGAGGCCGCCGGGAUGGCCCGCGCCCCAGCGAGCCCUACGGGACAGCUUCCCCCGGGGAAGGUGGGUCUCAGGUGGCCUCCGAUGGCGUGUGCCACCCUGGGUGCACGGAGAGGUCUGCGAACCGGAGGAGAAGCUGCCUUCCUUGCCGCGGACUGCUGCUCGGCCGGAGAGCACGUCCCGCUGCGUCCGUCGGUCCGAAAGCGCGGACACGGACCCGAGCAUCCCGGGCCAUCCACGGGCUGGCACGCAGCCGUCCCCGUCCCUUCCAGUGGCUCCAGGGCUUCGGCUCUACCGAAGACUCUCUCAGGACUGUUACUUACUUCUUUGGAAACUGGAACCUGGUUUCUUUCGUUUUCUUUUGCUUUUGGGAAAGAAAGAGGGGGUGGGAAAGAAAAAAAAAUAAAAAAUAAAAAAGAGACAGAGAUAAAAAUUAAAAAUCAAAAGAGAAAAUGCCCACGUGUCCUGGGGGCAGGAUUUGUCUCCCCCGAUGACCGGCACAGGUAGCCAGACCCUCCUCCGGGCUCUGCCGGCGGCUGCGGGGUCCCUGCGCUGCUGCCCGCGGCUCCGUGGGGCUCCGUGGGGCUCCGUGGGGCUCCGCGGGGCUCCGUGGGGCUCCGUGGGGCUCCCUGCUCCAUGGCUCCGCUCGCCUCUGCGAGGGGUGAACGCGGGCCCAGGGAUGCAGCAGAAGAAGUCGCGGGUGGUCUGCGAGCAGCGAGCAGACAGCGUGCUAUAUACGAGAGGUAGGGCUGGUCCCAGGGACAUUGUCCCUUGGGAAAAGGCUCCUGCCUCUCUUCCAAUUCUUUCGCAAGCUCGGACUCUGCUUUGGAGAGGAGAAACCUCUCUGCAGCAUGAGCUCCCGUCCCGGCGCGGCUCUCGGCGUGUUUUUCUCUGCAGAUUUGUUUUUACACCCCAGCCGAGGCUGGGGCCCGCUGCCGCCCGAGGCACUGCAGAGCACCAGGGACUACCUGGGCGCUGUUUUCGGCCCGGCCCGUGUGCGGGAGAGCUCGGCUGCUCCGGGCUGGAGCGGGGAGAGAGCCCGGCCGGGGCUUCCCUGCUUCCAGGAACAGCUUCCCCGGCCCGACAGCGGCGGGGACUCCAACUAAGCGGGGAGCAAACCACAGCCGAGCCAGAAACAGAAAACACCGGUUGGAAGGAAGUCGGAACUCUCCAGUUUGCUGUCGGUCAGGCGAUCUGCCUUCUUUCCUCGACGGGGAGGUUCCUGCCCUGUACCCGGCAGCAGCAGCCCCUCGAGCAUCCCUCGGGACCGCCACAGGCAGUACCACGGGAGGUGGAAAAUGAGGAGGACAACCUGUCGCACCCUGGCCAGAGGGUGUUCCCAGUCCCUCGGCUGAAAGCGAGGGGGAGAGCGAAUAGCUUGGCGCAGGUCUUUGGGGUUUUCUCUAACACUAAGGUGGAAGCUUGGACUGAAGUUGUAAUUUAUCUACUGCUUUUCUUUCCUCUGGGGACAUUAAUAUCUAUGUGCAAACAGGACUUUUUCUGGUAAUUUUUCCUGCAAGUUGCCUGAGAAAUUUAUCAUCCGAGCCUGUAUAUCCUUAUUCGUCUAAAUGCAGUCAUUGAAUGAGAACUUUAAUCGUUACGUGAGCAAAAUUCAAAUAAAGCUGUUCUGCUUAAGAAGCAAA